AUGAAUGAGUUUCAUAAACAGAUUGCUUUCAAGAACUUGGCAGCGGCGCAAAGGUGUGGUGUGUGUUUAAUUCAGGAGACAAAAAUUCAGUACAUGUCUGACUGGUUUGUUAGGCAGUUGUGGUACGAUGACAACUUUGACUGGAAUUAUUUUCCAUCAGUAGGAAGCAGUGGAGGAAUGUUAUGCAUCUGGGAUAGUAGCAAUCCUUGUGAGUAUAACUUUAGAAGUGAUUUUUGCGAUGAUAUGAAAGAAGUUAAAAGUUGGUGGAAUGGUCCAAUCUGUAUAGCUGGGGAUAAGAACGCAGUGAGAAAUAAUGAAGAGAGAAAUGAAGGGGAGGGAAACAACAGGAAUAUGGCAUUUCUUAACAAUUUCAUUACGGAUCAUGAUCUGAUAGAUCAACCGUUGAUUGGGGGGUUAGAUAGGUUCUUGUUCGAUCAUCUUUUCGAGGAGGCAUAUCCAACUGCUCUUCAAAUAGUGUUAACAAGAACUAUAUCAUAUCAUAAUCCAAUUCUAGUGAUCAUUGAGCCGACAAUGCCUUCAAAACCAUACCUUAAACUAGACAGAGUUUGGGUUGAACACAAGGAUUUUGCUAAUAAUGUGAAGAAUUGGUGGGAAGUUAUGUCUUUUCAAGGAAGUGCAAGUACUAGAUUUUUCCCGAAGCUUCAGAACUUGAAACAUUUAAUCAAUCCAUGGAGAAUCCAAGAGUUUGGAUCUAUUGGAAGGGAGAAGACUACUCUCACUGAUAAAAUUCAUGAAUUAAACAUUCUGGAGGAGAGUGGAGCUCUUCAACAUCAUCAUAUGGAGGAAAGGCUAAACUAUAAACUGAAAUUGAAGAACAUUGAGACAUUGGAAGCUAGAAAAUGGCAGUUGAGAGCUAAACAAAACAAUUUUAGGUGGGGAAAUGAUAACACUCGUUAUUUUCAUAGCAUAGCCAGUGCAUGGAGGAAAAGGAGCACUAUGGUCAAGUUGCAAGUGGGAGGUGUGCAUUGCUUUGAACAGAAUACAAUUAAAGAAGAGAUCAGAGAUUUCUAUGUUAAUCUUUUCACUAAACAAUAUGAAGUCAAUUCUCAGAUGGAGAAUUUAUAUUUUCCAGCAGUGAAAGAGGAGGACAAGAAUUGGCUUGAAAGAGAGUUUAUAGAGGAAGAAGUCUGA